AUGGCGGUGUACUUUGACCACCGCAUCGAGGCUCCUGAGUCGAGUGGGGUCCCUGCUGAAGUGGCAUGGCAUCCUACCCAGCCUGUGCUGGCUGUGGCUUCUACCAGCGCCACCACUGGAGGCAACGUAGACCUUUAUCUUCAGCAGGGGGAGUUUGUGGAGAGCUGUCACGUGGACCGUCCUUACCAGCCUACUGUGCUGCGCUGGCACCCCAGCAAGCCUCUACUGGCACUUGGCUGGGAGGUUGGGGAGGUGCUGCUCCUCACGCACCCCUCUGGAGAACAGACUGUCCUACCCAACACACACACCAACUAUAUCACACUGCUGGAAUGGAGCAGCUCCGGCAGUCGAUUGGUUACUGGGGAUCAGAUGGGAGUAUUGGCAGUGUGGCGAUUCGAUGCCAGAGGACGACUGCAGGGAAGCCAUCUAGUGAGGCACGAAUACAACAAACCCUUAACCUGCUGCAUCUUCAGACCAGCUCCGCCUGGAGAAGAUGUGGCAAUGCUGGCCCGAGCAGCGGUCAGUGGAGAUGAGAGAGCCCUGGACAAGUUCAACUGGAGGAAGGAUGGGAAGGGAACACUUCUUAAAAUGGGCCCUCAGGAGGGACUGGUGUUCUAUGUCAGCACUAUAGAUGGUAAAGUCCACAGUGUGGAUGAGCGGGGUCAGACCAACACCUUGUUUAGUGUGGACAACCCCAUUCAGAAACUCUUCUUCCUGGAGAGGAGAGAGGCACUGGUGGUCGUCACAGAAACCUUGACACUGUCACAGUACACCUUGGGUCCCGAGGGAGGUGCCCAAGAGCUCAUGAAGGUGAAGCUGAGUGGUAAGAGUGGUCAGAAUGCAGACAUAGUUUGGACAGAGAAUGGUCUCCUCAUUACUGCCACAGGAGAGCAUGUCAUCAGACUGUGGGACUUGGAGGGAGGUGACAACUAUGUUCUGUCUCUUGAUGAGACUCUGGGCUUUGAGAGGGGAGAAAUCAUCAACUGUGUUUCCUACUGCAUAGGAAAAGAAAUCCUGGCAGCAGGUACCAGCCAUGGUCGUAUAGCCAUGUGGAGAAUGGCACUCCAGCCCGGCAGCAGUAGCACUGAUGCGAAGACCCAGUGGAAACUCCAGACCCCCACUGAGAUAGAGGGCAACGUCACCCAGCUCAGGUGGGGCUCCAGCCUGAACCUACUAGCAGCCAACACCGUAACCACCGUACUUAUCCUCUCUGAGCACGUAAUGUCAGCCCACUUUGGCCAGCAGGUGGCAGCAGUGCAGCUGACCCCCUCCCAGCUCAGCAUCACUCAGUUCAGCGCCGGAGCGCACCUGACCCUGCGAUCAGACAUCCACAUCAAGGGAGUCUGUGUCACCAAGGACACAGUGACGGUUUGGAGUGGUAAACAGGUUACUGUAUAUGAAAUUACAGGGACAGUUCUGCGCUGCUCAGGUUCUUUCCAGUGUGAGUCUCAGGUAUUGGCUGUGCAUGACGAGAACAUCUACACAGUGGAGCCUAACCGGGUCCAGGUCCGCACACCACAGGGCACUGUGAAGCAGCUGCUACCUUUCUCUGAGACAGAGGGAAACCCUGUGCUGCUCAGCGUGUGUCAAGUCUACCUGGUGGUUGGCACAGAUGCGGCUCACAUCAAGGUGUUUGACCUCACCAGAAGAGAGGCUAAAGCUCACUGCAAUGCCAAGAACCUAUCAGAUUGCAUCCCCAGCCUUGGAGCCCUGAGGUCGGUCAAGUGUAAUGCCAAUGGCAGCCAAGUCAGCAUCCUCAUCUCUCUGGUGAACGGGCGUUCGGAUCAUAAAGUGCACUUCUAUGAUGUAGAGAUGGACACUGUGACACACUUUGACUUCUUCACCGGCCGGCCAUCCAGCAGCACCUCCCAGCCUGAUGACAGUGACAGGCAGCAGUCUCAGGCUACAGAGCUCAGUGGCCGCUGCCCUGUGUCUCACUUCUGGGAUGAAAAUGAACCUCGUUUGUUUGUAUGUGAGACAGUUCCUGUCAGUUCUGAAAUCGCAUCAUCCAGUCUCUUCAAUAUGAUGGAUGUUUCUGUGGCAACAUUCUUCUGCACUCAAGAACAUGGGCUCCUCCUGCAGGACUCCUACCCCAGACCUGCCAGUCUGCAGAACCUCCUGGCCCUGGAUGUUCCCUACUAUUACUUCACAUGCAAGAUGUUGUUCCGGAGAGGUGAUGUCUUUCUGCCGGAACCUGGUGAGAGAGAUCCAGAACCUGGAGAGGUCUCUGCCCCUGCUUCAGCCUCCCCGUCCCAGGCUCUAGUGUCCAGCCUGGUCCCGGCUGCACAGCUGCCCCACAUGGUGUCCAGGCGAGCCCUUAAAGACUUUGUGGGUCUGGAGGACUGCGAGAAGGUGACUUGGGAUGCCAUGCUCAACUUCAGCUUCUACCUGACGGUUGGCAACAUGGAUGAGGCCUUCAAGUCCAUCAAGCUUAUCAAGAGUGUGGCGGUCUGGGAAAACAUGGCGCGGAUGUGCGUGAAGACUCAGCGGCUAGACGUGGCGCGGGUCUGCCUUGGGAAUAUGGGUAAUGCCCAGGCAGCGCGGGCACUGAGGGAGGCAGAGAAAGAAGCUGAGCCCGAGGCCCAGGUUGCAGUGUUGGCCAUUCAGCUGGGCAUGCUGGAGGAUGCAGAAAAGUUGUAUAAGAGCUGCCAGCGGUAUGACCUCCUGAACAAGUUCUACCAGGCUUCUGGCAAAUGGCAGAAGGCCGUGGAGACGGCAGAGAACCAGGACCGCAUCCACCUACGCACCACCUACUACAACUAUGCCAAACAUCUGGAGGCAAUGGGCGACAAGAACCUGGCCCUCACAUACUAUGAGAAGUCGGACACCCACAGGUUUGAGGUUCCCAGGAUGCUCCAGGAGGACGUCUUGUCUCUGGAGAUCUAUGUCAACAAAAUGAAAGACAAGAAUAUCUACAAGUGGUGGGCCCAGUACCUGGAGAGCCAGUCAGACCUGGACUCAGCACUGAGGUACUACGAAUAUGCACAGGACUACCUGUCCCUUGUCCGAGUCCAGUGCUACGUCGGGAACAUUCAAAAGGCAUCUGAGAUUGCCAAUGACACAGGGAACAGGGCGGCGUCAUACCACCUGGCCAGACAGUAUGAAAGUCAUGAUGAGAUCAAACAGGCGGUCCACUUCUACACACGGGCCCAGGCUUACAACAACGCCAUACGGCUGUGUAAGGAGAAUGGCCUGGAUGACCAGUUGAUGAACCUGGCGUUGCUUAGCAACCCGGAAGACAUGAUGGAGGCAGCGUGCUACUAUGAGGAAAAAGGUGCCCACAUGGACCGGGCUGUGGUGCUCUACCAUAAGGCUGGUCACUUCUCCAAGGCCCUGGAGCUGGCCUUUGCCACGCAGCAGUUCUCUGCUCUUCAGCUGAUAGCUGAGGACCUGAAUGAGAACUCUGACCCUGCCCUACUUGCUCGCUGCUCUGACUUCUUUAUCAAACACUCCCAGUAUGAGAGGGCUGUGGAGCUACUGGUGGCAGCCAAGGAGUACCACAAGGCCUUGGACCUGUGUCUGGACCAGAGUUUGACCAUCACAGAGGAGCUGGCUGAGAGUAUGACCGUGGCCAAAGAGUCCAAGGAGCUGUCUGAGGACGCUCGCAGGGACCUGCUGGAGAGGAUAGCAGACUGCUGCAUGCGCCAGGGCGACUACCACCUUGCUACCAAGAAAUACACCCAGGCCGGCAACAAACUCAAGGCCAUGAGGGCACUGCUGAAAUCAGGUGACACAGAGAAGAUUGUGUUUUUUGCUGGUGUGUCACGUCAGAAGGAGCUCUACAUCAUGGCGGGAAACUACCUGCUAUCUCUGGACUGGCGCAAAGACCCUGACAUCAUGAAGAACAUCAUCAAUUUCUACACCAAAGGCAGGGCGCUUGACCUGCUUGCUGGCUUCUAUGAAGCCUGUGCCCAGGAGGAGAUCGAUGACUUCAGGAACUAUGAGAAGGCUCUCGGCGCUCUGAUGGAGGCCUACAAGUGUCUGUCCAAAGCCAAAGGUCGGAACCCUGCAGAACAAGAAUCCAAAAUGGCCAACCUGCAACACAAAAUCACCCUGGUCAAGAGGUUCAUCCAGGCACGCAGGCUGUAUGAGGAGGACUCGGAGGAGGGGGUGCAUCUGUGCGAAGCCCUGCUGGAAGAGCCCGAGUUGGAUGCCGCCGUCAGGGUGGGAGACGUCUACGGCUUCCUGGUGGAGCACCACUGCCAGCAAGGCAGCUUCCAAGUGGCCUACGACAAGCUGGAGGAGCUCCAGAAGGUACUGCCCUCCCCAAACGUCAACUCCUACAUCAGCCAGGCCAGCCUGGAUGCCCUGCAGAAUGCCUUGGGUGUCCCGCUGACCCGGGGCAAGCUGCAGGGCCGAGUAGACCACACGGACAGUGAGGGGGAAGAGGAUGAGGUGGAGGAGGAUGAGGCUUUGGAUGCUCACCAUGGGGACUGAUGAAGAAGGUCCCAAAGAACAACAUUAACACUGCCGACAAGCUGUUGUGGUGUGUGGAACUGGAGCCUGAGCAAAGUGAGAAAUUCACACAGCGUUUACAAAGUUCUAAAGAGCCACUCCGUAUGAACACAUAUGAUUGUUAUCGAUGAGACUCUAUAAAAUCUCCCACUUAUACUUCAACACAUUUUGAUAGCUAUCUUUAUACUUUUUGCAGCUGUGAAAGAGAACAAUAUAUUGGCUUAUUUCUGCCAUCUGUUCAGUUCUGGUGUAAGUCGUUCUGCUUCUGGCCUUAUGCAGUCUAUGGCUGCAAAUUACCCAAAGCGAUUUUUCACUUUUGGCUCUGGAGGUCCUGUUCAUUGCAGAUUUAAGGUCUUAUCAUCAUAUCAUUUAUACUGUACAUCUGUACAAUGUAUGUAGUAUGUUGUUUUUUUAUUUUCAGAGGGUGUAUGAUUUGUUAACCUUGUGAUAU